UUCCGGGGGGCCGUGCGGGGCUCCGGCGCGCCCGCCCUGACGUCAUUGGUGUGCGCGCGCGCGUCGCUCGUGGGUGGCGAGCCCGCCAUUGGCCCCUCUGGCUGAGCGGCGUCCCGCGGCUUGAGGGUCGGGGCCUAGCGUGGGGCGCGUGUCGCAGCGUCUCUCCCGGCCGCUUGCAGAGCUCCGUUAUGGCGGCGGCGGAGGGGUCGAACGCGGCCGCACUUCCCGGUUCGGGUGCCGACGGCAGCGGCGAGUCGCCCGGGGUCGAAGGAAAAGGAGUUGGGGCGGCGGGCGAAGAGAAGGGCGCGGCCGCGAAGGGAGCGGAGGCCGUCGGGGACAGCGAGGAGGACGGCGAGGAUGUGUUCGAGGUGGAGAAGAUCCUGGACAUGAAGACCGAGGGGGGUAGGAUCCUUUAUAAAGUUCGAUGGAAGGGAUACACGUCAGAUGAUGAUACCUGGGAGCCGGAGGUUCAUCUCGAAGAUUGUAAAGAAGUUCUUCUGGAAUUUAGGAAGAAGGUUGCAGAUAACAAAGCUAAAUCAGUCAAGAAGGAUGUUCAGAGACUGUCCUUAAGUAAUGACAUAUUCGAGGCAAACUCUGAUAGUGAUGAACAAAGUGAGACCAAAGAAGAGACUUCUCCGAAGAAGAAGAAGAAGAAGCUGAGGCUUCGAGAAGAGAAGAGCCCGGACGAACCGAGGAGGAGGAAGGCGAAGACGGGGAGACUGAGAGACAGGCCCAGGCCAGACCUGGAGGGCUCCUCCGAAGGGACGAAGAAGAGAAUUCUGGAAGCCAAAGAGGAAUUAAAGGAACCCAAAAAGCCCAAAAAAGAUGAUACGAAAGAAACUAAGGAGUUAAAGAAAGCUAAAAAGGGUGAAAUACGAGAUUUAAAGACUAAAAUAAGAGAAGAUUCCAAGGAAAACAGGAGAACAAAAAAAGAGAAGUGUGCUGAAUCUCAGCUGGAAUCGGAACUGAGUGCACAGAGUGACUCCCCGCUUCCGGAGGAGGACAGUGAGGGCUUACUGUCUGACGGCAGGGAAGAGAAGCCAAAGGUGAGGGGUGCGAAAGACAAGACGGGACCAGAUGCAGCACCGGAACCCGGCUUUGAGAAACAGCAGGACGGCUCGGUCAGCGCUGAUGAGGAUGAUGUCAAAGCAAAGAGGAGAAAAAAGAAACUGAGAAACACCGAGGAACCUAAAGAGAGCAAAAAGCCAGAAAACAAGAACCUUUUCUUAGAGAAGAAAAAUAUACAAAAAAAGCCAAGGAAUCAAGACAGAGGCAGAGGUAACGCAGAGCUAGAGAAACAGAUGCCAGCGCCCGCGCAGGAGAAGCCCCGGCUGAGUGUGGAGGAGAGGGGACCCGGGCCCGCCGGCUCCCCAGGGCAGGAGAAAGAGACCAAAAGAAAUGAACCCAAAGAAAAAUACCAGAAGAAGCAUGAUUUGGACAAGGAAGAAAAAGGCCGAAAAGAGCCCAAGUCAUUGAAGGCAUUUAAGGAAAUCAGAAAUGCAUUUGAUUUAUUUAAAUUAACUCCAGAAGAAAAAAAUGAUUUUCCUGAGAAUAAUCGGAAAAGAGAAGAAAUAACACCAGACUGUAAAGUCACAGAAGAUCACAAACCCAAGGAGAACAAGCAGCUGCUUAAAGAAAGGAGAAACACACGAGAUGAGACAGACACGUGGGCCUACAUAGCUGCGGAAGGUGAUCAGGAGGCCCUGGACAGCGGGGGCCACGCGGAUGAGACUAGCGAUGGCAAACAGCAGAUUGUGAGCUUGGGCAUGGAUUUGCAGUUGGAAUGGAUGAAAUUAGAAGAUUUUCAAAAGCACCUUGAUGGGGAAGAUGAACAUUUUACUGCCUCGGAUACAGUUCCGAGCAACUUACUGAGGGAUGCUGUGAAAAAUGGGGAUUAUAUUACUGUAAAGGUUGCACUUAAUUCAAGUGAAGAAUAUAACCUGGAGCAAGAGGAUUCAAGUGGGAUGACGCUGGUGAUGCUGGCGGCGGCGGGCGGGCAGGACGACCUGCUGCGGCUGCUGCUCAGAAAAGGCGCCAAGGUGAACGGCAGGCAGAGGAACGGGACCACCGCGCUCAUCCACGCCGCUGAGAAGAACUUUUUAACUACAGUGGCUGUUCUCCUGGAAGCAGGAGCAUUUGUGAAUGUGCAGCAGAGCAGCGGGGAGACGGCUCUGAUGAAGGCCUGUAAGAGAGGAAACUCAGACAUCGUUCGGCUCGUGAUCGAAUGUGGAGCCGACUGCAAUAUCCUGUCCAAGCACCAGAACAGCGCACUGCACUUUGCAAAGCAGUGUAACAACGUGCUGGUGUAUGAGCUGCUGAAGAGCCACCUGGAGACACUUUCGAGAGUAGCAGAAGAAACAAUAAAGGACUACUUUGAAGCACGUCUUGCUCUGUUAGAACCAGUCUUCCCAAUAGCUUGUCACCGUCUCUGCGAGGGGCCAGAUUUUUCCAUGGAUUUUCAUUAUAAACCCCCACAGAACAUACCAGAAGGCUCUGGUGUCCUGCUGUUUAUUUUCCACGCGAACUUUCUGGGUAAAGAGGUCAUUGCCCGCCUCUGUGGACCGUGUAGCGUACAAGCGGUGGUUUUAAAUGAUAAAUUUCAGCUUCCUGUUUUUCUGGACAGCCACUUCGUUUACUCAUUCAGCCCAGCCGCAGGCCUCAACAAGCUCUUCAUGCGGCUGACGGAAGCACCCUCUGCCAAGGUUAAGCUGCUGAUAGGUGCAUACAGAGUGCAGCUGCAGUGACCACAGAGAAGGGGACAGACUUGUCUUCAGACCUGUUUCUAAACCCGCUGGGAAGCAGAUUAGGACCUGGCACAGCUGACACUUGGUUUCAUCUGUAAGCCUCUUGCAUUUAAGGCCUGUCCUCUGUUACAGUCUGUGAGGGGACACGGUGGGUAAAGCAUAUCACAAAACAGAUGUAAGUACUUGUGCCAGUGUCUGAAAUCUCAAUGUUAUGUCCAGACUGUGUGUUGAAGUUUUUCCACAGUGUGGAAUGGUACAUAUGAGAAUUAUUUAAGAAAAUUAAAACUUUUUAAACUUGGAA